CCCUCCGAUAUCCUCUACUGCGUCAAGUGGAUCGGCUGGUCUCACUUGGAAAACUUUUGGAACACGGAGGAGGAAUUGCGACAACUGGACAUUGCAGGCAUUCGCAAGCUGGACAAUUACAUCAAACAAAUGCAUGACAUCAAUCGUCGGCUUUCCGUCAUGGACAACGCGAUGCAAGAGGACUACAACAUCAAGCGCGACGAGGAUCUGCAAAUCAAGGCCCGCUACAAGGUGGUCGAGCGCGUGGUUGACUCCAAGCAGGGCGAGCAAGGUACCGAGUACUUUUGCAAGUGGGAGAACCUGGGCUACGAUCAGUGUACCUGGGAGCUCAGCAGCGUCGUCUCAGUCCUGUAUCAGCAAGAGAUUGAGGACUUUAUCCGGCGACGAAACUCCCAAACAUUGCCUAAUGGACGUCGCCCGGUGCGCGAAAAAUUUCGUCGAAUCACCGAGCAACCGGAUUGGCUCAGGGGGACGUCGCUUCAUCUGCGCGAUUAUCAGGUGGACGGCGUCAACUGGCUGGCGCAGGCAUGGCACCGCGAGACCUCAGUGAUUCUUGCCGAUGAAAUGGGGUUGGGCAAGACCAUCCAGAGCUCGACCUACCUCGCAUAUCUCUUCCAUUCGCAACUACAGUAUGGUCCCUUUCUAGUGGUGGUUCCGCUAUCCACCAUGCAUGCCUGGGUCAAGGAGCUGCGUCGCUGGGCACCGCAAAUGGAGGUCGUGGCAUAUCACGGCAAUCGACACAACCGCGAACAGGCGCGGGUCCUAGAGUUUGAUCGCAAGGAAGGACUGCAGUUCAACGUCUUGCUUACAACUUUUGAGACAGUCGUGUCAGAUGUGGAUGUUUUGUCCAAAUAUCGAUGGACCUCGCUGCUCGUGGACGAGGCGCACCGGCUAAAGAACGAAGAGUCAGCCCUCCAUGUUUCCUUGAAACAGCUGCAGCAUGAUCACCGCAUCCUCAUCACCGGCACCCCCCUGCAAAAUUCGAUGAAGGAGCUGUGGGCCCUUCUCUCUUUCAUCAUGCCCCAAGCCUUUCCCACAUGGGAGGUUAGUCUACAAGACGAUUUGAAGAGAGAACACUCCCUCGGUGACCACACACGGCUCAAGCGCUUGCAUGAUGAUCUCAAACCAUACUUGCUGCGUCGCGUCAAGAAAGACGUGGAGAAGUCGUUGCCGGCCAAGGUCGAGCGGAUCCUGCGUGUCGAUCUCAGCUCUCGCCAACAACAAUACUAUAAAACAAUUUUGACGCGCAACUACACCGAGCUGCGAGACAUCAAAAAGUCCAAGAGCUCGAAUUUGCUCAACAUUGUGAUGGAGCUCAAAAAGUGCUGCAACCACACCAACCUGAUCGAUGAUGGCUUGGACAACCAGGGCGGGCCAGAUCCCUUGACGCGUCUUUUGCGAGGCUCGGGCAAGCUCAUUCUGCUCGACAAAUUGCUUACACGCCUCAAGGAGUCGGGCCACCGCGUGCUCAUCUUCUCACAGAUGGUGGUCAUGCUUGAUGUUCUGGCGUACUAUCUGGCCUUGCGUCAGUACCAGUACCAGCGUUUGGAUGGUAACACAAAGCACGAACAGCGCAAGCGUGCCAUCAACCACUUCAAUGCCGAGGGUUCGACCGACUUUGCCUUUUUGCUUUCCACGCGCGCUGGUGGACUGGGUGUCAACUUGGCGACGGCAGACACGGUGAUCAUUUAUGACAGUGAUUGGAAUCCUCAGAAUGAUUUGCAGGCCCAAGCCCGUGCCCAUCGCAUCGGGCAGACCAAGCAGGUCAACAUUUACCGAUUGGUGUCAAAGAGCACGGUUGAAGAGGACAUCUUGCAACGAGCCAAGCAGAAAAUGGUUUUGGAUCACUUGGUCAUUCAGCGCAUGGACACGACUGGGUCCUCAUUGUUGCCCAGCCAAUCGGCCAAGUCCAACCGUCCGACCUACUCUGCCAAUGAACUGGACGCCAUCAUGAAGUUUGGUGCCGCUGAGCUCUUCAAGACUGGUGCCGGUGAGGAGGCAGACAAUAAUCUUGAAGCUCUCGACUUGGAUGCCGUGCUCAACAAUGCAGAAACACACGACACAGAUAAGGCUGGCAACCAGAACAGCGAGCUCUUGUCCGCCUUCAACACGGUAGACAUUGCCACCAACGAGGAGGAACUGGGCCAGGGCGAUAGCUGGGACGACAUCAUCCCAGAGGAGGAGCGCCGUCGCAUCGAGCAAGAGGAGGAGCAGGCGCGUAUUCAAGCCAUGUACCUUGCGCCUCGCAAUCGC